AUGGGUAAUCGUUGGGUUUACAAGGUUAAGCUCAAAUCUAAUGGUUCAUUGGAACGUUUCAAAGGAAGAUUGGUCGUUCAUGGUAACCAUCAACGCGAGGGCGUUGAUUAUUUUGAUACUUUUUCUCCCGUUGUCAAAAUGAUGGAGGUCAACAAUGCUUUUCUUCAUGGUGAUUUUUCUGAAGAGGUUUAUAUGAAGAUGCCUCUUGGUAUUCCUAAUCCUAAAAAUAAGAAGCUUUCUACUGCACUUCAAGAUCAAGGUUUUACACAGUCCAAGAAUGAUUAUAGUCUUUUUCUCAAGACCGUUAAUGGUCAAAUGACUAUUGUUGCAGUGUAUGUUGAUGACAUCUUGGUUACUGGUUCAGAUUCUACUUCUGUUUCCCAACUCAAGGAUUUUCUACAUCAACAAUUCACCAUUAAAGACUUGGGUUUUCUAAAUUUUUUUCUAGGCUUGGAGGUUCAUUAUCGUGAUGAUGGAAUUAUUAUGAAUCAAAGGAAGUUUACUCAAGAAUUGCUUGCUGAAACAAGUUUCUCAGAUGUUAAACCCGUUGUUACUCCUUUUCCUCAAAAUAUGAAGUUUUCUGACCCUUGUAGCCCUUAUGUAAAAGACCAGUCUACUUAUCGAUCAUUGAUAGGUAAGCUUAAUUUUUUGACUCACACACGUCCAAACUUGUCUUUCACGGUUCAGACUUUAAGUCAAUUCAUGCAAAAUCCACAACAGAUUCACUUGGACGGUGUUCAUCAUUUGUUAAGGUACUUAAAGGGCACCAGCGGUCAAGGUAUUUUACUUAACGGCUCAACGAACAUGAGUCUUCAUGUUUACUCGGAUUCUGAUUGGGCAGCAUGCCCUAUUUCUCAUCGUUCCGUCACAGGCUAUGUUAUUCUAUUCGGAGGUUCUCCAAUUAGUUGGAAGUCCAAAAAGCAGUAUACCAUUUCUCGUUCUUCUCCAGAGGCUGAAUAUCGUGCCAUGGCCAAUGCUGCUGCUGAACUUACAUGGCUAGUUCGUAUAUUGAAAGAGUUGGGUGUCACCAAUUUAAAACCAGUCACUCUUCAUUGUGAUAACCAGUCUGCUCUUCACAUUGCGAAAAAUCCUGUUUUUCAUGACGUACGAAACACAUUGAGCUUGAUUGUCACUUUACAAGGGAAAAAGUCAUGGAAAGAUUAA